AUGCGAUCGAGACCGCUGGUUCUGGUAACGCACCACCAGGUUCAACCUAUAGCACUUGAUCUAUUACGCCAACACUGUGAUGUGAUCAUUCCUGAAUCCGACUUCCCAACGAGAACGCAGAUACUGUCCCUUUGUCCCGGUGUCGAUGGCUUACUGUGGACUAGCUACAAGAUGAAACUAGACCGGGAAGUUCUGGAUGCAUGUGGAACACAGUUGCGGGCAAUUUCUCUUACGAUGAAUGGUGUAGACUGUGUUGAUGUGCUAGAGUUAAAUAAACGGAAAAUUCCGCUGGGUCACACGCCAACCAUACCUAACGGAGCAGUAGCGGAUGUUGCAAUUGGGUUGAUGAUCGCGGCUAGCUCAGGAUUUUGGCAUCCUCCUACCGAUUGCACUCAUGCUUUUCCUAUUCAAGGAGCUACAGUGGGUAUUGUAGGAUUCGGCGGAAUAGGUCAGUUGGUAGCUAAACGACUUAAGGGAUUCGAUGUAGGUGAGAUACUGUACCAUAGUCGUUCCGUAAGCGAACAAGCGAAAGAACUCAAGGCACAGUUCGUUACGAAAGAUGAACUGCUGCGGGGCUCCGACUAUUUGUUCGUCUGCUGUCCGUUAACUUGUGAAACAGUCGGGAUGUUCGAUCGUGCUGCGUUUGGCAAAAUGAAGUCCAGUGCGGUGUUUAUCAACAUUGCACGGGGAGCAAUCGUUGACGAGAUGGCGCUGAUCGACGCCCUGAAAAAUGGAACCAUCCGUGCUGCUGGAUUAGAUACCGUUACUACGGAACCAGCCCCUCCGGAGAGUGAAUUGUUCCGUCUUCCGAAUUGUGUAAUGGUGCCCCACUUAGGAACAGCUACAAAUAGAACUCGAGACGAAAUGGCCUUACGAGCGGUUGAAAAUGUGUUGGCAGGUUUGCGUGGCAAUCUCAUGCCGUCGCCAUUUCUGUCACCUCCUGUGGUUUAA